CUACUGCAGUCUGGUUAAACGGGUUCUUAAUCUCUUGUAUGUUUUGUAAGGCCUAGAGACUGAGAAGGAAGCGAGGUCUAGUCCGCAGCUCAAUCAACCGUUUCAGCACAAAGGCACUCAACGCCAGCAGCGAGAAGAGCGGUCAUCGUCCCGGAGCAGCGCGUGAGACGCACGGUGCGCCCUAUGCCCCCGCGCCCCCACCGCCCCCGCAGCCGGAGCGUACCGAGAGAAAGCGCCACCGCAGGACUUGGGUGCAGCUAGCGAUCCUUGGCCCAGCGCUCAGCCCGAAGUGAGCGGCGAGCGGGACGGCAGCGAGGCGUUCGCGGGCCCCCUCCUGCUUCCCGGGCCCGGCCCGCUCAUGGCGGCUAUCCGCAAGAAGCUGGUAGUGGUGGGCGACGGCGCGUGCGGCAAGACGUGCCUGCUGAUCGUUUUCAGUAAGGACGAGUUCCCGGAGGUGUACGUGCCCACUGUCUUCGAGAACUAUGUGGCCGACAUCGAAGUGGACGGCAAGCAGGUGGAGCUGGCGCUGUGGGAUACAGCGGGCCAGGAGGACUACGACCGCCUGCGGCCACUCUCCUACCCGGACACCGACGUGAUCCUCAUGUGCUUCUCGGUGGACAGCCCGGACUCGCUGGAGAAUAUCCCUGAGAAGUGGGUGCCUGAGGUGAAGCACUUCUGCCCCAACGUGCCCAUCAUCCUGGUGGCCAACAAGAAAGACCUACGCUGCGACGAACACGUCCGCACCGAGCUGGCCCGCAUGAAGCAGGAACCCGUGCGCACGGAUGACGGGCGCGCCAUGGCCGUGCGCAUCCAAGCCUACGACUACCUCGAGUGUUCGGCCAAGACCAAGGAGGGGGUGCGCGAGGUCUUCGAGACAGCCACGCGCGCCGCGCUGCAGAAGCGCUAUGGCUCCCAGAACGGCUGCAUCAACUGCUGCAAGGUGCUAUGAGACCGCGCCCAGCCCCCGCCUGUUUUUACCGGCGCGGCCCCCCUCCUGGCCCCGUCCCCCACGAGUCCGGAGAAGGGAAGACCCGUGUCCCCGAACGACCCCACCGGGCUGCCUGGCGUUUGCCGUCGGGACCGGCAGCCGUCCCCUGGAGGCUGUGGCUCUGGCGCCGGCCAUCGGCUUAAGAGGGACCGGGUGCCCCCUUCCCAGUGUCUGUGUGCGUCCGGCCGCGUUGUACAGGCCCGGGCGCCCCGCUGAGUGCCAAGGGCCCCUGAGCAUCCUUUUCUGAAGAGUUAGGCGUCAGAGUGUGUGGCUGUGUGUGUGUGUGUUCGACUCCCCUCGCCUGUGUUUUCCCCCCACCCCUGCGGCUGGU